AGGAUGCCUUUGGAGGCAACAGUUUAAGUUUAAUGUUGUGUUGUUUGUCGCCAUCACCCGAAGAUUUCGACGCUACGUUUAAUACACUCAAGUACGGUGUCCUAGCACGCUACAUCCUUAACUGUCCUGCUGUCAACAUGGCAAUACAAAACAGUGCAAGAGGGUCAACGACCACCACGACUCCUUGUUCUGCACACACAAAUCUAAGACAUCAGUCAGACAGUGGACAGUCUACACUGACUGCCAUGCAGAGUAGCGUACAACAGUCGUUAGGAACUCGUCCAGCAGUCAACAGCGACCAACGACACCUCUGUAGCAGCCUUAGAUGAUGCUGGAUCACUAGAUACUGAGGACUUGUUCAAAUUUCAGUUUGCCGCAUCUCAGUGGCAACUGCUCGUUUCGAGCGCCGAAGACCUGCUGUCUGAAAUUCUUCGAAGCACGCAGGUAUCUCCCUCCGAGAAGACUCGCAUUGAGUCUUGGCUGUGUAUGAAAGCAGAAGCUGAAGAGUGCAUCGGUGCAGAUCUCGGACACUUACGCCUCAAUACUACAACCAACAGAGUUUUAGAGGUCAUAGAGGAGCUGAGUGAGCCUGAGGUAAACGCCACGUCAUCAUCAUUGUCCGGUAUGUCACACACUGACAGUGACGACUCUUCUGCGUUGUCACUUGGAGAACACUUUUAUGAACACUUAAAUAAUCUAAAGGGGAAGUUUCAGACACUUACUGAACAUCUAGUGGAACGAAUACAAGAAAGUCACGAUGCACAUUGUGAAGGAGAGAGCGGUAAGAGAAGCAAGUUGUCGUCAGCAAAGAAUGAUGAUGCAAUAGAAUCAAGGAAUACCUCUCAAAAUUCUUCAAGAUAUUCACAGAAAACAAAUAAUUUCCAUUUAUGUAAAGGGCUCCAAGUUGCACCAAGGAAAACUAGGGAAAAUAACAGUAAUUCACAUGGAAGAAACCUUAUCACUGUUUCUUCCAUGUCGACGCUACGGCAAGAAGAACCAAUCUCGUCAGUGAUAGCUUUAGAAAAGUUAUCCGUGUGCUCAGAAGAUGAUGAUAGCAGUUCAUCAGACAGAUCAAACAGUUAUACCAAAGGUAAGGAGGCUGUUUGUUGGUACAGCCUCUCCUCACUUAGUGAUGUACUCACUUACUGACGACUCGUACUUGCGAUGGGCUCUCUGACCAGUAUACAUACCUAAAUAAUGUACAGUGCUAGUCAUGGCAUUAUGCCGCCCCUCCCCCAUACACGUACCAAAACACAAACACAUAUCGUGAAAGAUUGUAAUAUAUAUAUAUUUGCACACUUACUGAGAUUUUAAUACUUGGUGCUGCAUCCUUUAUGCUUAAUCACAUCCCUCAGCCAUGUAGGAAGACUCUCACACAAAUUCUUGAGGGUUUGGGGUGGUAUAUUAUUCCAUGCCUCAUGUAGAGCAGCCUCCAGCCGCAGGAUGGGACUAAUAUCCUUCCCCGGUAAACUUCGUUUCACCAUUGACCAGAGGUUCUCAAUAGGGUUUAGGUCUGGGGAAUUGCCUGGCCAGUCAUUAAAGAAUGUCACUUCACAAUCCUUAAGCCACUGAACUACAGAUUUGGUGGUAUGACACUGUGCACCGUCCUGCAUAAAAACUAUA